CAGGUUAUAGUGGCGCAGCUCACCCUUUUCUUCUUCCACGCCGAGGACUUGCUGGGGCACAAGCCCGACGUGCUCCGGCGCCUGCAGCUCAACGUGGCCACAGGACAGCCGUGCGGCGACCCGGUACUUGACUGGUACGCCCGCGAGCUGACGCCGCGCCUGUGGAGCGUCUUCGACCCGCUCGUUGCCAACAUGAUCGUCGUGGCCUGCUAUGACUUCAUCAAUGGCAUCGGCAUUGAGCAGCUGACAGAGUGCGCCUCUGUGCACCCACAGGCACCCAACUUCCCGGACUGGUUACGCUUCAAGACGGGGCUCUCGCCCAUGUACUCGUUGUUGGCGCUAGCACGGGCUUCAGACCUGAAGCUGCCUACGGGCGGGCUAGCGAACUAUGUCCAGGUGAUAGCCGACGUGAUCACCUUCACCAACAUUGUCAACGACGUCAUCUCCUUCUACAAGGAGCUGUUGGCUGGGGAGAAGGCGAACUACGUUCAGAUGCGGGCACAGAAGGACAAGGUUGACGUGUUGGCGGCGCUGCGCACUCUGGCCGACGAGGGUAUUCGCAUUCGGGACCGCGUGCUCGCCACCCUUGCCGACGAGCCCGAGUAUCUUGCCAACUUUGAUGCAUACGCGAAAGGCAUCACACACUUUCAUACCUCAUCCCCGCGCUACCGCUUGUGCGAGCUGUUUGGAAAACCUUGA